UUUAUUAACUUGACAGAUACUGCGCGUAUAUUUUAUCUGUGUAUUGCGUUUUUGGUGACAAGUGAAAUCGGUGAAAUCAUUUUGAUAAAUACGUGAUUAAUUUCCAAAGAUGUCUUUCUUUGGUGUAGGAAAUCCCUUUUCUACGCCGGUGGGGCAAAAAAUAGAACAAGCUACAGAUGGAUCCUUACCGUCAGAGAAUUGGGCCCUUAAUAUGGAAAUAUGUGAUAUCGUGAACAGUAGCGCGGAUGGGCCUAAGGAUGCCAUAAAGGCUAUAAGAAAGAGGUUGACACAGAGUGCUGGAAAGAAUUACACAAUAGUGAUGCACACUCUGACUGUGCUGGAGACCUGUGUAAAGAACUGUGGCAAGUCUUUUCAUGUGCAGGCUUGCAACAAGGAGUUCAUAUCUGAAUUGGUGAAACUCAUUGGUCCCAAGAAUGAUCCUCCGACAGUGGUGCAAGAGAAGGUGCUCAGUCUUAUCCAAUGUUGGGCAGAUGCCUUCCAGAAUCAGCCAGAUUUACAGGGCGUCGUGCAAGUUUACACUGAAUUGAGGACUAAAGGCGUCGAGUUUCCAAUGACAGACUUAGACGCAAUGGCUCCUAUUUUCACACCGCAACGGAGUGUCCCGGACAGUGGUGAGCCUAUGAUCGGUUCGCCCCAACGCUCAGCUAUGCCGCAAACCUCGCCCAGCCGACCCACUCAGGAACAAAUAUUGGGGACCGUGACCCUAUCAGAGAGUCAGACGAACAAGCUGCGCGCCGACCUGGCGGUGGUGGAGGGCAACAUGAACGUGAUGAACGACAUGCUCAACGAGCUCACCACGCAGCCACACGCCGCGCACCACGACUCCGACAUCGAACUGCUCAAUGUAAGGAUUGUUACUGCUUAUAUUCAGUCUAGUACAAUAUAUUAUGUUAUGUUAAUGAACGUGAUGAACGACAUGCUCAACGAGCUCACCACGCAGCCACACGCCGCGCACCACGACUCCGACAUCGAACUGCUCAAUGAGUUGACGGACACGCUGCGCGCGAUGCAGACCCGCGUGGCCGAGCUGAUCGGUCGCCUGGCGGGCGAGUCCCCGCUCACCGGGGAACUGCUGCACGCCAACGACAGGCUCAACAACCUACUGCUCAGGCACGGACGGUUCAUCAACAACAGGAAUGCCGCUACCGGCGGUGCUACGCCAUCUGCCAUUCUAGGCGCUGCCAUGGGAGUACCUGGGUCGAAUGCCCCUACAUCACCAAAGAAACCUGAUGACGACGCUCUAAUUGAUCUCAGCGAUGAUGUACCUGAUAUUGCCAAAUUGAGUGUCCGUGACUCUCAGCCAGACAAGUCCCCGGGCAGCUCGAAGGACGAGUUCGAUAUGUUCGCGCAGUCACGGAACCUUACGUACGAGAACUCCAAGACUGGAGGCAGUAGUUACGCAGACAACUUGGAGGAGCAGUCCUCUGUUGGCUUGGCCUCCAUAGCCAGCCAGCGAGCCACGCAGGGACAACCACUUCCGUCGGGCAUGGACGAAAGGGAGAUCGAUGAAAUAGCCGCUUGGUUAGCUCAAGAGAAGGCCGCAUCAGAAGCAGCGGGUGGACAAGAAAGUGUGACGAGCAGUGACUUCGACAAGUUCCUGGCGGAGCGCGCCGCGGCGGCCGACAGCCUGCCGGCCGCCAGCGCGGCGCCCGCGGGCGGGCCGCCCGCCGCCAACCCGCCGCCCGCCAUGCCGGCCGCGCUCACCCCCCGCCACCGCCAGAUCAACAAGGACGACCACGACUCCAUGUUCGCGCUCUGAUCCACUCCCAACGACACAGGUUUAUCGUCAUGUCUACAACCCUAGCUUACUUAUACUUCUAAACCUGAUCUAUUUGAUCUCGUAUCGUAUUAUUAUUAUUCCUUCAUUUUCUGACUGCCGAUCUUGAUGAUGAAGCAUGAUUGGUUAGUUGGUUAGUCGAAAAAGUUAUAACCAAUCGCAUAAUUCAUUUGGAUCCACCUUAUAACGUUGCGUGCGCUUUGCCGUAUUCAAUAUGUAUUUGAUUCUAUUUUUCUCUUGUUGUUUUUAUCUCAAUCUCUUUCUUUGCCUAUUGUCUUAGUUCGUUAUGAAUUGUAUUCAUUUUAUUUUCGUUUUCUCGCUCAGCUUUAUAUUUUAAAAAGAGCUCGCAACGUCGUAAUAUCUUGGUUCUGCUCUGUAACCAAACGCGAUACAUAAAACAAAAAUGUAAUAACGUAUUAUUUGAAGAGUGCAAUAAAUUAUAGACUUUUAUUAAAAAUAAAAACGGUAUUACAUUUUACUAAACUGGAAAACGACUAGUAUUCAUGAUUACAUGCGUUCAACUAAAUUGUACGCUUUGCACACGAAUGCAUUUAAUGUAAUGCAAAUAAACGGUCAUACGACUUCUAUAUAGCCCAAUAUUCUAAAUUGUAUUGUACACUCAAUAUAUUUAUAGUAUUUUGUAAGCGAUUAAUAUAUUCUCGACGCAUCACUAGUUUGAAGUAUUGAACACUAGUAGUGCGCGAUAGGUAUUCACGUUACUAUUGUAUUUGUGGCGAUAAAUCUGUAUACUUAGGUAUUGGUAUCUCUCGCUCGCCUGUCGACAUCCGUUGACGUUUAAAGUUGUUAUUUUUGCAUCGAAACGUAUUUAUACACCGCAAUAAUUUCUCGUAAUAUUGUCAAUAAGUCACGUGUAUUCGAUAUGCCGUUUGGUGCCUGGCUUUUAUAGUUAUAAUUGAAAUAUUUUAAGCUGACUAAUCGACCUCAUUCACUUACUAAUGUUUAAAAAAAAAUCUUAAUAUAUUUGUUAUUGUUCGGAGUUUUACUAACUUGUAGAGUAUUGUAGGAUCAUCUUUUUCAACUUAAAAUACUUCAAUGCAAAUGGUUUUGUAACAGCGUGGUAUUAAAAAGUAUAUAAAACUAUUAAGUACAUAACUGCGGCCGCGUCAUUGACUAUGUAUUACACUAGAGUAAGGUAACAUUAGGUAGAUUUCUUUAAUAUAUAAACGUAUGUAGACUUCACUAGACCACGGGAGCAUUUAAUACAAGACCACUGGCGUUCGACAUUUUUGAUGAAUUUCUAUUAUGUAAUUAUUUAUUACGAUUUCAAAGUAUCGGAGUGAUCGUCGAAGGGUCGAGAUUGUGAUAUAUAAUAUUGUUUGAUAUAAUACUAUAUCGUGGUACUUUUAUUUACUAGAGUUAGAGAUUACUAAGAGUAAAUCAAGAGGAUGUAUUUGUAUAUUUAAUUUAGUACCUGUCGUACAGCAUUUUGAUUUGUUUUUGUUGUUUAAUGAAAUUGUAAGGAGUAGAAUAUGGAUGGAUAUACAGAAACCGAGUAUUUAUUGUUUUACUUUUUUAUAUUAUUAAAUUACUGAAAUGAAUUUCGCACAUGUAAACUAAAAGUGUGUUUUAUUAUUUUCUACUAUAUUAUUAUAAUAAUGCGCCUGUUAACUUCAAUUCUUGGUCCUAUUGUCAUGAGCAACUACAAUAUCAUGUCUUCACAUAUAUACUAUACAUAUAUACCUAUGGCGAAAUAUUGGAUAAACAAUUUUGAUGCCUAAAAGAUGAUUGAAACGUUGUUGGCCUAAUGAAUCGCAAGCGCGAUUUGGAAUAAUGAGGACACGUAUGAGCGCCAAGAUUACUUUCUGCCAGGUGCAUCUAUUGUGCUAGUAUCUUAUGGAAAAAAUGGUUGUAUUAUACACCUGUUAUGUAACAAUUGCAUAACUAUUCACGUUGACACUAGUCUCGAGAUCAUAUUAUAUUCAUAUAAAACCAUAUUAUUGUUUCUUUUACUAUCUAUAUCUUUUUAAAACCAUAGAAUAUUGUACUGAAUGAACAAAAGUUACCCCAAAAAUUAACUUUGUUAUGUACCAAAGUGCUACCCGUUCACUAAUGAUUUAAUACAUAUUUUAAUACAAUGCCAUUCCACAUUUGUCUCAAUUAAAUGUUCUUUUGGUGUUAAUGUGAUAAUUUAAAAGAACAAGCUUAAUGUUAAUUAUUUAAAAAGAGUUAUUUUAUGUUGUAAUCGUUGUAUUUAAGAUAAUAAAAAUAAUUACCAUAUGA